CAUUUGGAAGUCCGCAUUUUUUUAAUCUUAAAAUUGUAGAAAAUCUGAUUUUUCUUGUUUGGACAUUCUACCUUAUUCAAUGAGACUCAAUAUUUCGAUCCAUCCAAUGAACUAACUACCUUUGUCUCUUUAUCUUGUUUAUAUUAAAGAAAGAGUAACUUUAAUUUGAUGACUCAAGUGUUCAUACUACCAGCCAACCCUUCUCGUCUGCAAAAUGACAAGGAAGUGGUGUAGAGAGGAGGGUGUUGUAGUGGUGGUUUAUGCGGAGAGACCGCGGCGGGAGAAACAAGGCGGGCGGCGGCGUUAUCAUCGGAAUGUAGUACGAGGAUACAACAGAAGAGCUGAGCUUCUUGACCAUGCAAGGCAUCUUCGCCCACCUGCACCACAAUCUCAUCCCCCAUCCCAGGCUUUAACUACUGAUGGAACAAGAAAGCAAAGCUCUUUGAGUUCCCCAACAUGUUUCGACAAAUGGAGCUUUUUCGUAACGAGGUUUCUCAGGUCUAUGACGAUCCCCAAAACCACCAAAGACAAGCAUAAAAGGAACCAUAAGAGCAAUGUGGCCUCAACCACUAAGAUCAAAGCUCUUGUAAAUAGUCUUAAGUUGAAGAAACAGGGCAGCUUCGUAUCGAAACUGCUCACAGCACUGCAGAAACGACGUUAGGAAAUUAGAUUAAGGUGGAAGCGACAUUUCAUGUAGACACCUUGUGAUCUUUAAGCUUAAGGAUGCAUGCUAGCUAGGGAUUGCAGGUUUUCAAAAAGUUUGGGUUAUUCUUAUAGUAUAGCCCAAACUCUUAUGUCAAUACUAGACUUCUCGCCCACGAAAAA